UGUGCAUUUUUGAGUGGAAAGUGACAGACUGUGAAGUAACUGGAGUGGUCAGCACUAUCUGACUUAAAGGCACUCUUCUUCUCUCCCGCUCUCUUUUUUCGCUCAAACAAGAGUUUCAGAAGUUCUACCGAGACGUGACGUGACGGCCAAGGAGAGCCAUGUCUUAUCCGUGUUCCAUCAUUUUGGAGCUGCUGGGAAUGAUCGUGGGAAUGGGGGCAUGGUUCUGCUCGCUUGCUGCUACACUCAUGCCCAGCUGGCUGAGCAUGUCCCCUGAGUUGUUCACACUAGUGGAGAUCCAGGAAGUGGGCCUGUGGGAGUCCUGUGUGAAUGUGAUAGAUUCUGAGUGUCAUCCCUUAGAAAGACGCCUGGGUCUGUCGAACAACCUCAGACUGGCACGCAUCUGCAUGUGCAUGUCAGAUGCCUUAGCACUCCUAGGCCUCCUGAUUGCUAUCCCAGGACUGAGACUGGUGAAAAUUUGCAGGGAAUCACAGGGAAGGAAGAUGAAGUGCGGCAUGAAGAUCACAGCAGGUGUGCUAUGCCUGAUGGCUGCCGUCUUUGGACUCUAUCCUGUCUCCAGUCUCGCCCAUGCAACCGUUCUGGAGUUCAACGAUAUCACAAUUCCUGAUGCUCUGCCUCGCUGGGAGUUCGGCGAUGCGCUGUUCAUCGGCUGGGUUGCAGGUUUUUUGCAUGUCGUCACUGCGAUGUUGUUCUUCGCCUCAUGUUGCAGCUCGGAAGAGAAGGAGAGGCUCUUAAAGCUACUUUCAAGAAUUAAGAAUUAAGAUCAGUUGUUUAAUAUUUCUAAAUCAAUGUUUGAAAUGACUUCUUUAACUUUUUUCAAGUAUUUAAAUAGAAUAAAAUUACACAUUUACUGCAUUGCAUUCUUCCUGUUCUUCUUCUUCAAUAGACUGGCAUUCCAGGGUGUAUUUCCAUCUCACACCCAGUGCUCAGACCCAGACACAACCUUGUCCAGAAUGAUUAGUAAAGACUAGAAAUGAUUAAAAUUUAUUUUACUAUAACCCAAGGCCUAUCAAUGCAAAUAUGGCAUUAUUAUAUAAAAUGUAAAACACAGGGAACACUUUUCAUAUUUUCAUUGAUGAUACACAAGUGUUUACAGACAACCAAAAGAUAUAAAAUGAAGCCCAAAGCGCACACUUUUACAAUAAUUAUCCACAAUGAUUUUAAUGCUAUAAACAUUUGUGAAAAUUCUCUUAGCUGGUCAUUAAACAAGUUGAUUAACGGUUAAUAAUGAGCCUUUUGUCUGGGACAUUUCCUUGACAGACCACCAGAGAGCAACCCUGCACAUUUUUGAGUAACUUUUCUUUGGUUGUGUGUUGAAUUUCUGCCCUUCGGUUGUGCAUCUGUUCUUCAGUAAUUAGUUUCUCAGUCAGUUAGUUGUGACCAGUUUGUCUAGCUUCUGUUUGAUACCUGUGUGUUUGCUGUUACCUGUUUUGACCUAGUUUUACCACAGUAUUCAGUUUAGUUGUUUGCUCA